AGAUCUAGAAUUUUCGAAAUAAUUGUUAUUAAAUUUCUUGCUUGCCUGCCUCUCCUAGGAUUUUCGAACCCUCCAAAAAUGGUAUAAUUGCGCAUUUUUAACGCAUUCUAACCAUAAAAAGGUCACCUAGAAUUUUCGGAAGUCUUUUCCUGGCUGAAAUUUUCAAAAAGGUAAGUUUUGAUCCCUAUAAUUUUCGGAUCACUAGACUUUCAGCUAGGAAAUCCGAACAGAUGAAAUAUUUUUAGGGGAUAAAAGUAUGCAUAUAUCUACGCUUUCUAAACGGUUAAAAAUACUAAAAUACGUUCAACAAUGCUAUGUUUAAGCGGUUUUGAACUAUAUUCUCGUUGGGCGGCCCCUGCAUUAUGGCUCUUGCUACGAUUGAACAAAAAGAUAACUUAUUAGUGACUUAUUACAACAAAAAACAUUGUCUAUGUUGUAGUUAAUUUUUUAUCUCAGGUAAUUUUUAUUUCUCCUUUGUUUUCAUUCAUUAGCAUACAUUCCCAUACCCAAAAACAAAAGAAAAACAAAAAUUACCUGAGAUAAAAAAUUAACUACAACAUCUACACAAGAUUCUGAAGAUUGUUUUUUCAACUGCACUGGCUGUCGUUUCAGUUAUUGUUUUUUCGUUAAUUUUCUUUUUGCGUUUGACUUAGGAGAACGCAAGCAGUACUUCUGUACAAGAAACUAAUUUUAUUUCCUAAAAAUUUACAUCCACAAUUCUGAGGUGCAUACUGAAAAGUUUUAAAAAAAUACUGUGUAUAUCUCUCAGGCAACCAGAAGGUUUACUGAAAGCUUCAUGUAUAAAUAAAGCCAUUCAAAUGGUAUAAAUACUCUGUUUAUGGACCUGAUUAGUCAAUUAAAUCCGAUUAUUGGUUGUCUGUUUGUUAAGCGGUGAUGUCAUUGGUUAUGAAGAGGCCCUCUUAGAUCUGAAUUUCAAUAUCGGUCGUUUUGCGCAGAAUGCGACUGCUUCCUCCUCACUGUGGCAGUGAGGAGGAAGCUUAGACUUUCAAAAAAGUCGUUCGUCCGAUUCAAUAUUGAGCGGGACGAAGGACGUCGACCUCUCGUGACUUCGUUGCUCUGUCGGCCGCUCGCCAAGAGGUCUAGAGUCUAGAGGAAGCCACGCCCCAGUCAGUAUUUUACAAUAUUUAGAUUGUCCUCGUCACAGUUUCAACCGAAAUAUAUAUCGUUAACUCGUUUUUCCCCAUUGGGUUUGUCCUAUGUUGCUGUUUCAAGGUUAUGUUGCUGGUCAGAAUUUUACCCUAACUCUCUACAAAGACCAUGCAGUUUCUAAGACCCAGCAAUAAACUACUGCUCUACAAUUCCUCCAAAAAUUUGAUAAUAUUUUCUUUGGCUGAAGCGCAUAUCUUCUUGUCACCUCUUAACAGUAGAAAGCCGUGGAAUGACUUGUAUUCAUGAUGUGUCACAGGUACACCAGCUUCUUCUAAACGUUUCUUGUACAACAGUCCAUCAUCUCUGAGAACAUCAAAUUCAGCAGUGAUUAUCAAAGUUUUGGGUAAGCCAGUCAUGUUAUCAGCUAUUAAAGGUGACGUUCUGUAAUCAGUAAGAGCAUCAACAAUUUCCUGAGGAAUAUCUUUUGGUGGUUCUUUCUGAACUUUGUCAACAUCAGCAUCACAAACACCAAUGAAUUUUGAAUACUUUGUGUUGCAAAGAUGCGCUGAGUGCUUGUUAGCACCAAUCGGACGAGACAUCCGUUUUGUACCGGUAAUAUAAAAUGACCAAGCCAAUGCCACUUCUAUUUUAGAGAGAACAGCAGAACUGUUUUUUUGAUAAGAGGGCAGUGUCAAAUCCAUGAACUGUAGUAAAGGAUUUAAAAGGAUCUGAAAAAUAACAAGAGGCUUACUUCAGUUUGAUGUUAGUUAAUUCUCUUCCUUGCUGUUAGAAGUUACUUCCUCCAAGAACCCAGGUUGUUUCUUCUCCUCAAAAACAAAAGCUUUAAAAAUGCACUAGCACGGGCUGCACCGUUAAAGCAAGUUCUUAAGAGCACCAUUUUUGCAGGACCAGACACUUUUAUGGCUUCAAUGUUUGAGUCUGUGAUUCAAAAUGUGACGCUUUUUAAACUUUACCUUGUUAACGACAACUUAUAUAUGCUAAUUAACCUAUAGACCUCUUAAGCUUACAAGAAAAGUACGUUUUGUUUUCCCAAUGAAGGUCUCAGAGGAAAUUGUCUUUUCAUAAAUUAUUCAUAUACAUAUAUGAAUCUGAAAUAUGACAAAUCUGAAAGAAACAGUUCUCAUCAUCACAUGAGCUACAUUGGCAAAACAAAUCAUAGAAAUUAAAGAGGUCUGUUGCCAUUAACACUGGAUGUGCUUGUAGAUAACCAACUUAUUUUUGUUCUCUGCCAAUUGAUUUAUUUUUUUUAAAAAAAAAAUAUUAGUACUUUGUAACAUGGGGUAGAAAAGUGUGCUUUUCACUUUAAGCUGGAAGUGGAUAAGGGGACUGAAAAAAUUGUCUUGUCCUUCUUGGUUGCACAGGCCCCCAUAAAAUCACAGGGCAACCACCAGGCCCUGGUUGUUCAAACGUUGGAUAGCGCUAUCCACCGGAUAAAUCACUAUCCAGCGGAUAAGUGUUAUGGAAACCAACUGCGCUAUCCAGUGGAUAGAGAUUUAUCCGGUGGAUAGCACUAUCCGACGUUUGAACAACCUGGCCCAGAUUAGGAAGUGUUGUCCUCCAUCAAGGGCCAUCCCUGCACGGGUUCUUUUGGCUCACCAUGAGUAAUCCUAAUGCCAGACGAACCCCUUAGAACAUCUGUGUGGGAGGCCACUUCACUAACUGCAAUAAAACAUCUACAUUUUUUUUUAAGACAACCUACCUGACCAGCCAGCUUUCUAUUCUCAUUGUGUAAAUGAUGAGUUACAGCUGCGGCCAAAUUUCCACCUGCACUGCUACCUGCUAACACUAUACCGGUCGUGUCAAUACCAUACUCAUCUCCAGUUUCAAGAAGACUUUUCACCACUUCAACACAGUCAUCAAAACCAGCUGGAAAGGGGUUUUCAGGUGCCAACCUGUACCUGUGUAUAUAUGUAAAGUUACGGUAAAAUGGGCAACAAAAAUGUGUAACUUGUUUUGUACCAAUGUUCCAAAACAAGUUGAAUAGCAGUGUUGCAUAUGUUUUACCAUCCCCGAAUCAACCUAUCUUGCAACAAAUCAGCUUGUUGCAAGUUGCAAAAGAAGGCAGUUGUUGCAGAAAGUAGAGAGAAUUAGUUCUACUUUUUACAACAAAAUCGGUACAUGUUGCACAUUUUACCACCCUAGAAGACAAACUUUUUGCAACGAGUAAUUAACUCAUGUAUGGCUUGACUCCCACAAAACUGGAUCCAAUCAGAAGUCAGUAUUCACAUAACUUAACGUAACAAGCCGAUUUAAAGUUGCAAAACAGGUUUGAGCGUGCAUGAUAAAAAGUGCAACAUUGUCUGUUAACCCUUUAAGCCCCAGUAUCCACAUACAAAUUCUCCAAACUGAUCUCCAUACAUUUCCUUUAAGAAUUAGUUGAGAGAAUUUGAUAAAACAUCAAAGCAUUUUCUCUUUCAUGAUAAUUUUUUACAUUCUCACAACCUUAUCUCUUGACAAUGUAUCAUGGACAUUGUUAGGAGAAAAUUGCUGUUGGUCACUAUUGGGACUUGAAGGGUUAACUUGUUUUGCAGCAGUGCUCGUGUAAGUUACAAAACAAGUUACAUGUUUUUGCUGCCCAUUUUACCAUUGGCUUGUGGAUAACAUUUUACACAUGCAGAAUGACUUCUUGAUUAAAUUAUCCCUCUAUCAAUAGAAAUCAUAAUUAUUGCAUGUUUAAACAAUGCAGCAAUGUAUGUGCAAGUUCAAGUACCAGUAAAUGUACUAGAAUAUCUUACCCAACAGAUACAACUACCACUCCAGCAUUUGCAGCCAUAUAUUGAGUGAGGGAAUGGUAAAAAUCUAAAAGGAACAGACUCAUGAUAAGUAAGAAAUUAGUGAACCUUUUAAGCCCUGAGAGUGAUCAGCAUCAAAUUCCUCCUUCUAAUAUCAAUGCUUUGUAAAACAGCGUGGUCAUGAGAAUUAUGGACAUGAUCACGUAAGAUAAAUUUGCUAAAUAUUUUAUCAACUUCUCCCCACUACUUCUGUAGGAAAUGAAUGGGGGCAGCAAAUGAGAAUUCAUAUUUUGAUCUUAGCGUCUAAAGGGUUAAAAUAAAAGUACUGAGAGUCAGAGGCAUCCACAUGUCUUUUUUUUUGUAAAAUACUGUUCAAAAUUAGGGCAACUAGGAAUUUCUAAAGCUCAAGAAAGGCCAAGAUGUUUGCAGUUUUUCUACUAACUUACAUACGGUUUUUAAUUUGGAGGUUGUGUUUUUCAUACUUCAUUACCAGAAUAUUGCAUAAUUAAUGAAAUAUUUUAUUGUUAAAAAGAGUCUCCUUAAAAUAUUUUGCUAUAAAGACAAAAUUAACAUCUCCUAGAAUCUUCUUGUGAAUGGACAGCUACUCCAAUAUGUCCUCAAACUUUUGACCACACCAAUCUGGGGUUCUGACAGUUUCAGAUGAGACGAAAAGAGCCACCUAAAAAUUUUGAGAUGACUACAGGUUCCCCUAUUCAAGACAUCUGAACAAAAAAAAAUGGUUUCUGGGACUAUUCUAUUCUUCCGACUAUAUGGAAAAUUUGGUCGUUAGGUACUGCCCCUGAAGAGUGACACAAGAUUGUAUCAGCUAGCUGAUCGAGUCAAGGCGUGAUGUUUCUGUGGUUGCCAUGAAUUGCUGGGCCACAGAUAGGGUUUUGAUCCUGGGAGGAACUCCCUCAUAAGAGGAAUGGGAAUGCUUACACUUUUUUUUUAAUCCAUGUGGCUUUGCUUUUAUUUUACCCUUACCUUUAUUUUACUUUUUUUUAUUUUAGGAUGGUUAUCAUUACAUUGGAUGUUUCUUUAUGCACAACCUUUGUGUAAUAUGGUUUAUUUUUAAUAAAUUAAAGCAUUUAUUUGCCUUUCCAUUAAUUAUUUGGUUAUGGCUUUGGCUUUGGCAUUAACUCACCAAUACUAAGGAACAUCCAACCUCCACCAUGAAAGAACACCACACAUGUCUGUUUUUUACCAUCAACUAUAUUUUGUUUGGAUCUAUAUAGACGAACCGGAACAUCGGCAAUCUUCAAGUCCUUGAUUUGAAGUGAGGGAUCUUCUGGUACAUUCUGAAGGUGACUUAAGAAACUUUGGAUCUGACGAAUAUUGUUUAUAACACUUCCAAUGCCAAGCAACGAUGCAAGGUACGCCUUAAAAAUAGAUUGAAGAUUAUCAUUUUUCUCCUAUAAUUCUAGGGCUCAAAUAAUCAGAUAUAAUUCCCUAGACAUACCUUCAUUUUGAUAACUUCCUUCCUUUUGGUAGGUGUGAAUGAUAAGUGAUUAAAUUUGUUUUCCAAACAAAUUUAAAAACAACAUCUCUGCAACAGCACUAGACUGCAAAACAGUCCGUAUUUUUGUGUAUUCAAUUGUGCACGGGCAGUCAAACAAAAGGUCUGGAACGAGGCUGAAAACAGAGAGCGAGACUGGGGAGAGACACUUUUCUCUCGCCUCACACGCCCUAUGGGUGUGUGAGGCUUGCGCGCCUCGCGAGCGUAAGACUCUUACGCUACGCUUUACCGAUUUCUUUACUGAUUUUGAGAAAAAAACUGACUGUUUUGCAGUCUACAACAGCACCACAAUCCAAGGGAGGGGGUACUCCAAAGUAUGUGUGGACCAAAAGGUUCUGAAAUUGGGCAUAGCUAAUUAUAACAAUAAAAAUACAAAUAGCUAAGAUAAGUUUUAUGGUCUCUGGAACCAGGUCCGUAAAAUUAGGUACGUGUUUUAGGAUUUGCCUCCUGAGAACAGCGGUUCAGGCCUGAAAUAGGGAAGGGAAAAUAACAUAGUAUUUUCUGACUCUGAGGUAUAAGUUUAAAUGUCAAGGAUGCAGAACGCGCAUUGCAAAGUUGCAAACCCAGCACCAGCAUGUCCAAAAUAAGGCAUCAUUGGUAUGCAAGUUGGUCAGUAUAUUAAUAAAAUAGUUGUAAAAUCGCAAGAGCGAGAUAGCAACUUCAGAGAAAAAAGUUAGGUUAUAUAUAUUUUAUUAUUACUUUUGCUGCUUUUGAAAUGAACGAAGACAUAACAACUUACCACCAUUCCCGUGAGCUUUGUGAUCACCCCCACUGUUCGAAGUUUAUGGUGCUGACCGACAGGCAGUCCUUCUGGAACAAGUUGAUUGAAAUACAUACGCAAGAUUGCAGUGACAAGGACGGCAAGAAAAGCAGUGAAAACAACGAAAAAGGUAACCAUUUCGGCAUCGCAGUUCUCUAAAAAAAGCCAACACCGCAAUGGUCUGGGUCAAGUGUACAAUAACGACCAUAUCAUAUAUGCCACAACAUACUGUCCGUUUACAGGUCUUCAUGUUUACACGGGAUUUGUACAGGUGCUUUAAUAUUUCAAAUGCAAGUUUCUUUUUGUAUGUUCCUCUUUAAGAUGGAGGAAUUUUGGUUUAAAGAGCAGGACUUAAUAUAAAAUUACUAGUAAAUUUAGGGAAAUAAUUUUAUGCGGCUUUGUAAGUAAGCAUCCUAAAUAAUUUGUGUACCAUACAUGAUAGCAAAGUCAAUGAUAGCGUGACCACCCGUUCAGAGUCGAAGAUCUAAAACAUGGCAGAUGAUAUCAAUUGCUGCGUCUUUUUCAGUGUUACUGCCGCCGCUUUCGCCACUAUGAUCGUUGGUUUGUACUGGUAUCAAGAUUUACCAGAAGGACUCCCCGAUGAUCAGCAAUUUAGUGCCCGUUUUAUUGGUGCAUAUUUGGAUUUUUGCCGUUUUCUGGUGGGUUUCAGUUAAAAACUUAUGCAACAUGAUCUAUUACAAACCCCACUUUGUGCCUCGGCUUAAACUUAGUGUUGUGGCAAAACACAUAGAAAAUAGAAAUUUGCACUAUCCUGUGAUUUUUCUCUCUUUUCCCAGGAGUCAAAGAGUUAAACUACAUAUGUCACAGAUGUUCGGAAGGGCGGUUGGCAGUGCAGCUUUCAAAAGCUGAUAAGGAAGCGGGGGGGGUAGCCUGGGAGAAUAGGGGGAGGGAGGGGUACGGGAGGGGAAAAGAACUGGAGAUGGGAGUUCUAAACGGGAGAAAGAAAGAUAAUGGGGAAAUUAAACAACAGUGCUUGAUAUUUCGCGAUAGAAAAAGGGAGGAAGCCAAGCAAAAGGGACGAGAGCUAGAAUCAAUGUAAGGUUCAAGGGAAGGAAGGUAAAUUUAAUGUCGCCUCUCCUCGAUAACACACGGCGGAAAUGUCCAAAAAUAAAACCAGCAAAGGUACUGAUCGAGAAUUCCAUAAGGAUCUCUCCUGCAAAAAAGGAGGUCUGUGGGACCUGGAAGUAACGUUAAUUCCACGUCCGUGUUAUGCCCCGAUGUCGACAACCUCAGAACCAACGCACUCUUAUUUUCACAUAAGCAGAUGCUAUUGCCUUGCAUUAUCAGAUAGGAAGUACACUUUUAUAGGGCAUUGAACUAAAAAGAAAGACAUUCACUGAACUAUGGAAAACAGACCUAUACACGCUUUUAAUAAGUCUGGGCGCCAUCUUGAAUUUUUAAUUUAUGACGUCAUUCGCGGAAAGACUUCAGCCGCCAUCUUUGAGUUUUGACUCGAGUGACAGUAUCAUGUCAAGACAAGAGGCAAAGUCAGGCCAUUAUGAAUCGCGUUAUUCCAUUCUUUUCCUGUAUAAACAUUAACAAAUACUAGCAAAUCCUUUUCCUAGGCUAAAGUAAUCGCAGUGGUGCGGUUCGUCUUUGUAAGUCAUACGGCGAUAUCAUCAUGUUUGUUCGAUAACAAACGCAACACUGAGAAAUGUGACAUAAGAUUCCAAGCGAUCAGCAUGUAUUAAAAGGUAGCACGGCUGCAGCGAUGAUGACAUCGGAAGUAUUGUAUUGUAUUGUCUUUUAAUAGUGGUCGGUAGCUUUUGAAAACGUCCAGCCUCCCCUCGAUCGGUGUUUAAAUGCUCUGUACACAAGCCAUACCUUAUCCCUAAGAUCCAAAAUAAGAUAAAGUUGAACAGAAAUCUGAUUCGAGGGAAACCAAAUAUGGUAAACACCACAGGAGUGAGGUGUGUUGAGCCAAAUGAUGCUGAGCGACACAACUUACACGAAUCCGACGCUGAAAUUUCUGAACUAGAAUCUGAAAUUUUAGCACUAAAGGUAGAAGGUAAAAAAUUGCUUAAUAUUAAGUGAAAUGUAACCAGCAGCACCACAUUAAUCCUGCCCAACCCAACUGACCCUGAAAAAGGUGGACCCUUUUGAGCUCAGGUUUACCAUUAACUAUGUGACAAUAAAACCUUGGAUCAGAACAUGCCUUCUCAGGUGUGAAGUUUCAUAAUGUAAAAGGGCAUUUGAUUUCUAAUAAACCAUAACUUGAUAUCCCUAUUAUCUAUCACCCUUCUGUUUGGUUAAGCCGCCAACCAUGACAUUUUGCUUGAUAUGACAACCUCACACUCUAAGCCCUGAAUAUGAAUAUAUAUGUAUAUAUUAUAAAUAUAAAUGCUAAACCAAUAUUUUUCUUGUACUCAGCAUAUUUAGUUGCUGCUUAAUACCAAUUUGCCAUUCACUAUUAUUAGAAACAUCAUUCUGUGACACGAGAGUAUUUUGAACUAACCUCGUUUGCAGUGAGAGAUGUUGAGUUUCCAUUUGCAAACAAGUGCAAAUUACAGCUAGUUGACUUGAACCUUUUCCUUUGAAACCAAAACAUAUUUUUGCUCUGACCUUUUGAUUCUCAAUUAAGGAUGGAUUAGGAAUUUUUAAACAACUUAUAAAUUGGUCCUCCUGAAAAAAGGGGCAUUUGCAAUCCCACUCAAGCUGGUGUGUCAGUGUCAAUUGGGAAUUCAGGAAAGGAGCCACCAACAGCUCUAGGUCUUGGCAAACUGGAAUGGUUGUCAUAACACUGAAGUUUGCCUCCAUUAGAGAGAAUGUGGAACCUUGUGUCCAGUUAAUUUAGUUGAAACUUUUGCAGGACAGUUAAUUGUCUUAAGUGAAUGAAAGAACUAAUUUGCCCUCUCUAUAUUUUGGACAGUACGUUGCCUGGCUGCAUACAAGGGACACCUUAAACCCCCCAUUUCUCCCUGUAACAAGGAUUGAUGACAUUAUAUGCCUUGUAUGCAUUAUAUGAAUUGGGGUUCAUACCCUAGGUCCUUGGUUUGUGCUACUGUUUUGAGUUGUGCACACUCCAGUUCUUGGGAAUUCAUUGAAUUCAAACACUUAUAUAAUAAAAAGAUGUGAUUACAGUAACCAUUUCCCCCUGCUGUACAAGAGUAUUUAUCACAACUGUUAACAUUGUGAGGCCUUUCAUUCUUCCUCAGUGAUUUAAAGCAUUCCCCUCUACAUGAAUUUAUUGUCCAUAUAAGCCUACAAUAAUCUUCGUGACAGUAAUUUUCAAAUAAAAAUUUGUAUCCCUUUUCGAUGGUGCUUUUUGAUUUUUUUCGUUGCUUUUUCAACAAUGUAAAUGUAAGCAAAGUGCUUUGGAAGAAUUGAUGCAUCCCUGCUCCAGCUCUCUUUAGUGGCUACAUCUCCAACCAGGAUUCGAGCUAAUAGCUUUCUGGAUUUCUGAGCUACGCCUCCCCAGAGUAAAAAAUUAUUCGGUGGAAGGGUCGACUGGAGUAUAAACGUUUUUAUCCAACUUCUUUUUUCCCUUAAAACCUACACAUAAUAACAUAAAAAACUGAUGAUGAAAAGCAUAAACUUUUAUCAAAAUAGAAUUAUCGUACAUUUUGAAAGGAUCAGAAUAGCAACAUGAAAAAUCCUUUCAAUUAGCUUUUGUAAAUACCUGAUAGAUAAUCUAAGUCUCCUACGAGCGGUAAUAAUUAAUCGUUUUCAGCGUUUUUAAGAAAGGCCUGCAUAAAAAAUGAAAAAGUAUCAAAACCAUUGCUAAAAAAGAUUACCUGGGAAGAAGUUAAGCUCGUGUCUGUUGUAGUGAGCCAAGACGAUUAAGCCAAAACUUUAAUUGGCAUUUUUUUUUUUUUGGCAUUUAGGGAAAGUUCAUUUAAUAUGACAAGGUGGGGGGGAUGAAGAUAUUGAGGGGGGGCUCCGAAAAUUUUUAGACACCCGAAGGGGGGGCUCUUAAAAAAUUGUUGCGCUAGGAGGGGGGUCCGAAAAUUUGUAUACUUCAAAACCAACACAUGACAUCAUCAUACAGAUCAGAUGGUUUUCAACUCAACAAUUUAAUGACCUGUGCAACUCAGCUAUAUCACGUGGUUUACAGAUAUAACAAAUGUAGUCUCAGUAAUUAUUACACUCUUGUUCAUCCCAAAAAUGCUUUAGAAAAUUGUAUCACAACUGUAUCUCAAGUUUGUCAUAGUAUAAACCAUUGAAGGCAAUAACGGUAAAUAUGUUUAAUACAGUCUAGCGAUCUUUUUUCAGGGGAGCAAAGGAAUUGAAGGAGGAGGGGGGCUCUGAAAUUUUUUCGACUACCAAGGAGGGGGCUCCUAAAAAAUUGAACCGCUAGCGAGGGGGGCUGCUAAAAUUUCAAGCUUCGAGUUUCAAUAUCUUCAUUCCCCCCCCCCCCUUGUCAUAUUAAAUGAACUUUCCCUUAAAUCAGCUUUCGUUUGUCCUCGAUGUCAUCGAUCCAGGAAUAUCUUUGCACGAAAGCUUUAAAGUUACGAUAACAUACCCAUAAAGACAUUGUAGAAAGAAAAUAUUCCUCUUGAUAUAAAGUAAAAACAUUCCUUUUUAUAUGAACACACUGCAAAAUCAACGUCAACAGAGAUUUCAUCUUUGGUAGCCAUUUUGGCCACGUGCACGAUCUUUCCGCGAAUGACGUCAUUCAAGAUGGCGCCCAGACUUAUUAAGCAAAGUACCAAGCUUUUUGAAAAAAAUCCACUUUUCAGCAUAAAACAACCAAAUCUGUCUAUUUCAUGUAAAAUCAGGUGAAAAAGUUGGUAAAAGGCCAUUUUUAGGUUUUUUGAUUAAAAGCGUGUAUAAGUAAACACAAGAUUAAUGGUUUAUCGCAGACUUAUGGUCUGGAAUGGCAUGCACCUCGUCAGGUGAUAGGCGCGAACUCAAAGGUGUAUUAACAUGUUUUUUUUAAUACACUUCACUACCAAGUUAAGGAAAAGACCAAAUCGUCAGUAAAUAAGGAGCUUAAGGAACAACGAGGACGACAGGAACGAGAACGGCAAAAAGAAAUAAGUUUGGAUCAGCACUGAAAACAACAACUUUGGUGGUGCGUCAUGUUGUAUUCUACAUUUCUCUGCAGUCGUUGCACGACCAUGACGUGAAACUUCCAGUGGAAGACGUGCACACUAGCAAUGUUUUUCUUAUUCUUUUUUUACAUUCAGAUAAAGUCCUUUGGAAUUGAACACCAGAAAAAUUCACCAACAUUUGACAAGUUGAACGACAUGGCCGAUAAGAGGGAUGAAUUUGGGAACACCAUGGAUUCAAUUUUUAGAGACGUUUUCGCCCCGUUCGUCGUCGUCGUUGUUUAAGCUCCCUAAUGUUUUCGUUGUGAACAUUCCUCUGAAAAAAGCUUUUGAAGUAACGCGUGUUGAACAAAGCGUCACUUGAAACCGUUGUCACGUACCUGCAGAAAUAGGAGAGAGUCACAACUCACCAGUUACGUAGGUGCACGAGUCGGUCACUAGAGGUUACGCCACCAAGUGCUUAACAAAACAGUAGAUGAAUGACCCAAAAUGUCUGUAGCCCCUAUAAACACUAGGUGAUGUGUUUUCAGAGGUCAAAGAAAAUACAGAUUUCAGAGCUUUUUGGCUCCAAGAGAAGAACAAGGGUUCACAGUAAUUUUCAAGGAGUUAUAAUAACUCCUCUAGUGGGGUUAAUCUAACUCCUUACAGUGGAGUUAUUUUUUUGCAGAGUUAUUUUAACUCCAAAAGGAGUUUAAAGAACUCGUUUUCAGGAGUAAAAAUCACCCCAGAUUUGGAAUUAAUAUUGAGGAGAUAAAGUAACCCCCAAAAAGGGGUUAUCCUGAACGUAAAUUUUUUACUCCAUUUUUGGAGUUAUAAUAACUACGAAGAGAUGCGGUGGUGGUGGUGGUGGUAAAGGGAGGGGUUUUUGUGGAGACAGGCACUUUUUCUAGAUCUCCUUGGUCCCUAAAAAUUACUGUGUAUUUGGCAGGGACGAGGAGAUGCGGGGUUGGAGGUGGUGGUAAGGGGAGGGGGAUUUUUGUGGAGACAGGCACUUCUUUCUACAUCUUCUUUAGCACUUUCUACCAUCCCCCAAUCUUCGUCUGCUUUAAAAAUCACGGAUGGCGUUUAUACGCGGGAAAUGAUGAACCAGUUCGUGUGCUCAAAAAUACGCGGCUUGCAUGCAGUAACCUCGCGGGUCCCCAGAGCGCUUUUUUGGGUAUCAGGCUGCACUUGCAUCUUGCACUGCAGUCCAAAACUCAAAAAAACGAGUUGGCAAUGCUUUGAGUCGCUGCAAAUUCUCCAAGGUCACAGAAGUGGUCGCUGUUCCUUACGAUUACGAACACUAAUGAGAACUAAGUUUUUAUUACAAGUCACAGCUCAAACAGGAUUUCACUGUACUGGUCGGAACUAGAACUAGUCGCUUACGAGAGUGGUCACAAGGAGAGCUUCGACUGUAUUUCUGACGAUUGUCCUAUCUGAGAUGCGUUAAGCCAGUGCUCCUUUUAAUUAAUAUUUAGUCCAACGUCAAUCAUCUAACCUAAGAUCAGGCUGUUCUUCUUCCUUUUUCUUUCAGGAGGAGAGGGAGAAAGUUCCUUUUCCUCUUUUCCCGUCCGCCAACGCUCGCCCCCUCCCCAGAGCGGGAGAGCACGCGCGGCGGAAAAGGCGCCUUUCCCCGCCGCGCACGGCUCCUGCUCCACGUCCGCUUCGUACUCGCCUCUAAAACGCGAAAAAAAUAACGUCUGUUCUGCAGGCUAACAUUUACCGUACUUUAGAGUUUAUCAAAUCUCCUCACUAACAUACCCUUCCAUCACUGUAUUGUCUGUUCAUAUCAAGUGCUAGCAAAAGUCGUGGUUGUAAAUUUCUUUGUUUGUAGGGUCGUGCAGCUUCAUCAAAAGCAUUGGUGAUUCAGCCAUUGAAAAUACGAAUUAUUUGUUGCAUGUAGCGAAACGAAUUUUCGCGGCAGAUGAGGGACCAGAUUUAGAAGUCCAAGACACCAAAAUUGCCAAUAUUCCUGUACGUGUUUAUAAACCAAAAUAUCACGCUGCCAAAUCAACAGGCGUUCUUUAUAUUCAUGGUGGAGGAUGGACCCUUGGUUCAGUUGGUAAGUAGUCUCAAUUACGACGGCCUUACCUUUAAGGUUAAAGCGAUUGUAGUUUCCCAGAAUCCCUUCCCUCCUGUUCUUUCCCCAGUGGGUAAAGGCAGGCACAUGGCCGAAAUCUCUGUGUCUUCACGACACUCAAACAAAAGAAAUUUGCAAGAGUUAAGCAAAGUUAAUAAUUCAUAGACCUUCAUAGCUAACUUAUUACUUUCACUGUUCAAAGUUCAAUAUGUUUGAGACUAGGAGUCAUUUUAUAAGUAGGUGGAAUAUGAUCGUCCUUGUGAACGAAGUUUUUGUUGCUUCAAGGGGGCGCUAAUUCGAAGUAAGGCGCUUUUUUAAAGAAGGGCGCAAAUUCGAGCAUUUACGGUAACUGCUUUAUCUUUCUCUUCAUUUUCAGCUCUGUUCCAUCCGUUAACAUAUCAAUUGGUUCAAGAAGCUAAUACUGUACUGAUAUCUGUCGAGUAAGUGAUGAAAAAGUGCAUAUAAUCCGACUCUUAGCUUCCAUCCAAUAAUACAUGGUUAACUUUGACCUGUUACCAUUCUCCCGGGCAACCCCUGUGACAAGUCCAGCCCUUCUGGCCCGGGGAUGAGGAAUUGUUUGAGGCGGUCCUGUCCCGGGGGUAGGGAGGGGGGGGUGCAAAUAAAAAAUACCUUCUCUUUGAGAUUGCGAAGUACGUGUCAUUUCUCGCGCGGUUUUCACGAUGGCUGCGGACCUCGAGACCACGUAUUUUUAAGGAAAAAAGCAGGAAUUUGUCGGAGAGUGGUUGGAGAAGAAUACCGUAACAUUCCGAAAAUAAGCCCCUCCAAAUAUAAGUCCCCCAAACCGCUAACACAGAAAACCCUCCGUUAAAUCACCCCUCCAAAUAUAAGCCCCCGGGGCUUGUACUUGGAAAAAUUGCCCUAAAAAUACAAAGUAAAACAAAGCAAAAACGGUAAAUUUACUUCCAACUGUAAGGCUAGCCCAAUGGAUUUCGAAACGCAAAUUUCCCUCCGUAGAUAAGCCCUCCAAAAAUAAGCCCCUCAAAAGGGCCUUUGAAAAUAUAAGCCCCGGGCUUAUUUUCGAAAUUUUGCGGUAACAUAUCAAAAUUGAAGUCUGUGUUUAAAGGUGUGUUUUAAAAUUUGAAACGAAUGUGUGUAUGAUGCGUACUCGAAUGCAUUUAAUUUUUUUGAAAAAGAAGGACAGAAAUAGCUAGAAAUGUUUCUUCAGCCUAGCUUUAAUGAUAAGAAAACUAAUAUAUGAAAACGGAUACAAAGCUUUUGAUAUAUAUAGAGAAACAGAGAUUCAGUCCAGUGUUCUUAUAAACUGUUCUGCCAAGGAGGCGCUUUUUAAAGAGUUUUCCUUCUUCGUUUUCGUUUUCAACGUUAUUGCUGACGUUUUAACUACAUUAUGACAUCCAUUGUCCUUCUCUCAAUAAACUUUGGAAAACGUUUAUAAAAGUUGUGAAAACGUCUCGUUUUGCUUUUGUACGGAUCAAAAAGAUGUACCCAAAAAAACGUAUAUGCGGUCGAUCAGCAGCUCGUGGUGGGGAAUGGUCUAUUUCUGCGUGCUCGGGGGGUGGGGAAUGGACCUCCAAGAAAGACUGAGAAAUUACAAAUCCCCGGGGGUAUGCCCGAGGGGCAUGGUUACAAGUCAAAUUGAACCAUGCAUAACUUAUCAAUUGGCUAAAGGAACAAACACUGUGAGUACUGAUAUCUGUGGAGUAAGUUAAGUCAAAGAGGUGCGUGUUAUCUCUAGUAAAUAAGUAGUAGCACAUCGAUUAGAUACAGUUUCCCUGAAAUUUUUUCAGAUAGCUAAAGAAGCUGCUUUGGAACCAAUAUCUACUGACUGAUUUGUAUUUAGAAUGCUGUUGUUGCAUUGAUAACUAUCGGGGAUAACACGUUAGUAGUCUUCACUUCCCUGUAAAUAACAUAUUAACCUUAAUGAUGAAUGUCAUUCAGGUACAGGUUAGCACCUAAGCAUACCUUCCCAACACAGUUCCAUGACUGUUAUGCUGUUGUUAAGACCGUGCUGACCACUGCUGAUAAAUAUGGUAUAGACUCCAAUCGCGUUGUUGUCGCUGGCGACGGUGCGGGUGGUAACCUAGCAACCGCAAUUGCUCUGAAACUGAGAGAUGAAAAUUUAAGACUGGCUGCUCAGGUGAGGAAAAAGGUCCCCCACCUUGUUCCCAAGGUUCUCUCACACCUGUUCCCAGCCCCCUCUCUCUCAGAUUUUGACACGAAGAAAGAAUGUAAGAGACCACAAGUGAAGGUAUAGCCGGCACAAGGGCGGAGCACGAGCGAGCUAUAGAGCGCUAGCAGGUGCGACUGGAGAUGUAGUAUUUUUGCAUUUCGUUUGAAAUUCCGAUUUAAGUCGGAUUUACUUGUUAUGUUUAUUUUUAAACGUGGUGCGGGAGGCGGCUAUUCUUGGCUAUUUAGAAAUAAACUUAGUGAUUUUUGAGAACUUCUUAAAAGGCGAAUAAAGAAAUCUUCCCUACCAAUUAACAAAUACCUUCAUUUGACGUAAAACAAAAUAAAACAUACCACUGAAGAGGGUUCCGAGAAAGACGAGAAGAGGAAGAAUGAUAGAUGAGGCCACCCCUAGAUAACGGCAACAAACCUCCUCACGAAGGUGAUCUGUAUUUUGUCAAAGUGGAAUGUCAAGUCCCGCCUUUCCUGUCUGGCGCCCCUAGUAGCAAGAUUGGCCUUCUUUCUCGCGCGCGUUCCUUUCGAAGAGUUUUCGAAAAAUGUGGGGCUGUUCGUAGUUAGCCUGAGAAAAUAGCCUACAUUUCCGGCGACGACACCACUGGUUUCCCUAGCGAAAUGACGUCUGAGUAACAAGCGCAGAAAUGCCAUACUGAUGAAGUGUUACUACCCAAAUCUGGUUAGUGCUUUUGAUUGGUUGAAGCAAAUUUUCCAAAUUGCACGACCAUGCAAUCAAAAGUACUACCGAGAUCUGCGUAGCUAUAUGUCAUCAGUACGGAAUUUCGUCAUUUCGUGGGGAAACCAGUGGUAGCUUCGCGAAACGUCGACUGACCAGCUCGUAUUCUAUUGUAGAAUCUUGUGUUGAAAUGAACAUGUGAUAUACCGUAUUUGAUUCUCUCUCUUUUUAUCCUAUCUAGAUCCUGCUAUACCCUGCUGUACAGUUCGUAGACUUGUCUCUUCCUUCUUUUAAAACUAAGGACUCUCCAGUUCUUACACAGCGUGAAAUGGCACAAUACUGGUCUUAUUACAUGACGGGAACUCCAAACUUAGCUUCCUCGUUGUUGGCAAAUAAUCAUUCUGUGCACCUCCGCAACACUAAGUACUCUUCUUAUGUUGGUGUCAAAGACAAGGAACAGCAAAAAGCUCCAAAAACGCCACCGGAAAAUAUUCCAAAAGCUGUCAUCGAUGGAUUGAUUGAUUACCGGGCUUCACCUUUAAUGGCAGAUAGCUUGAAGGGAUUACCAAAGACCCUACUGAUAACUUGUGAAUAUGAUGUCCUGAAAGAUGAUGGUCUUUUAUACAAGGCGCGUUUACUUGGUGAUGGGGUCAAAGUUACUCAUCUUAAUUACAUGACAUACCAUGGUUUUGUGGUUUUUCAGACAGUUCCCAUUUUCACAACAGAAGAGUAUCGCCAGGGGUUGCGAGAUAUUACUGAUUACCUCAAGGAGUUGUAGAAUUUAGUCUUAAAGGAUUGUCCUUAUCACGUUGUCUCGAUAAACAAAUCUUGAUCGUAGAUAUUCUGGAGUCAUCCCAUGUAAGGUCUUAAACAUCAUAUAGUAGAUUUCUUCUCCAUUCUUUGACGACAGAGUUUAUGCCACCCUAAUGCGUGGAACACAUCAUCCAUGAAACACAUCAUCCAACUGCCCGAUUUUGCCGAAGGCGUUGAAGUUUUUCAGAAACGCCUUUGUUACAGCUUCCCCACAGCACUACUUUACAAGAAUCAAAGUGAGGCUGAACGUUAAAUGGGAUAAGAUGCCGCAUUUGUUUAAUUGCGUCGAUGGCAAAAGCAAUCUUUUUACAAACAUUGUCAAUAUGGCACUCUUAAUUUAAGGUUUGAUCCAUGAGGACUUUCUGGCGAUUUCGAUAAUUUUUGCCUUGAUGCAAUAAGCAUAAACACAGUUUUUGUUUAAUUCAGCGUAUUCUUGAUAGCUGAUAACCACGUGUACAACGUUACUUAAGUCAUAAUUAUAUUGACUUGAGCAAUCAUUUAUAUGCGCAACGUCUGCACUGGCAAACGUAAUGCUGGUAUCAUCAGCGUAUAUCCUUUUUGUUUGUGGAUACAUUAGCCAAUUUGGUAAGUCGUAACAGUGCUUUCCAAAAACACGCGACGAACUCUGAAGUUCAAAAGCUAGCCUGCGAAAACAUCCGUUUCUCCUGGCUCUUCGUCGAUGGGGACGUUUCGCGCGGAGGAACGUCUGCGACUCAGCGACAGAAAUUCCAUACUGAUGUCGUAAAAUCUGUCCGGAAUCCGGUCAGAAGCGCUGAUUGGUCAGACAGAGUAGUUACAUUGUUUUAGCUAUUGUUUACAAAUGACAGACAAAAGACAAAAGGCCACAAAGGUCAAAUGUAAACGCGAAGAAUCCCUAACAAAGUAGUCAAUAUUUGUGGAAUAUAGUCCUCUCUAGAAGAAGCAUUUGAGUUUUGCUGGAGCUCCUUGGCAGAUGAGCACAACACUUUACCAAAAUCGACUAGAAGACACGUAAAAGUUGACAAAUUUGUAUUUGGAACCCCAUGACUACUGGAUUUAUUAUGUAAACAUUGGUUUGCGUCAUCAGUAUGGAAUUUCUGCCGCUGAGUCGCAGACGUUCCUCCUCGCGAAACGUCCCCGGCGGCGAAGAGCGAGGAGAAACGGAUGUUUUCGCAGGCUAUUCAAAAGCUGCCUUCACAAAUGCGUUUUUCGCUGCCGUCAAUCAUAAUUACGAUCACAAGCAACAAACUUUGAAACAACGGAUCCGCAAAAUCCGCCAAUCACAAAUCACAAACCGUGACCUUUUGAAUGCAUUGAAGUAAACUUCUGUUUCCGAAGAGGUCCUCUAAGAUGAUUGACCCCAGCGAAAAACGCAAAUGUCAGUUGGCAUUUGAAGUUCAGAACUCGCGUGUUUUUAAAAAGCGCAGUAAUAUAUAACAAAAACAAAAGAGGUCCCAAAAUUGUUCCCUGAACACCGUAUCUAAAAAAUUUCGGGGUUGACUUACAUCAGUUAAUGUGACAAGUUUGAGUUCGCUUAUCUGGGUAAGAAGUAAACCAUUUAUAACUGGACCGACAAAUUCCAUAGUAUUGUUAUUUCCUUAGUACUGUAUUUUUGUGUAGCGGGUUUAAGUAAGAAAGUAUUUACGCUGGAGUAAAUUUCGUAGGAAAAAUGUCCGCAGUAAUUUUUAUUUGCGGGAACUUAUUUUUGCUGAUCGCUGGAAAAUAUCGCAAAAAUAGAACAACCCGAAAAAAUUUUGUGCCACACGGUGGAGUACAAGUCAUUACUGAGAGACAAUGAGAGGGCGGCUUCCCUGUGGUUUCUUGAGUUCUUUAUCGUUAGCUGUUUGCACAUACGAGAAACAGGUAAUUUUUUGAAAACAGUGGUAAAUUGCUUGCUCGGCGGGACGGGGCGACUAGGCUACAAUGGCCUAUCGCUUUCAUCGGAGUUCUAAGCUUACCGAAAUUGGAAAAUGCCCGUUCAAAAGCUCUUUGAUGAAAAUGCAUUAAUUGCCGUAGUGAAACGAAGUUUUGUAAUGUCAUCUGUGACAGUGUUGACAAAAAAAAAGAAGAAAAAAAGACGCUUUUGAAAGUGAAGCUUAUCUUCCGUGAAGCGGAGGGAGUUACGUUCGAAACGUCCAGUUGCAAUCCUUCGAUCUCUUUACGAUAGCCAAUUCACCUCUUCAAAAUCCAAAUCAAUAGAUAAUACCAGGUUUUUCUACUUAAAGCUUCAAAUGCAUUUUGAUAUAUAGUAAAGAUCAAUGUAAUGUCAUUUUCUCAGAUAGCCACAUGAAAAUUUGUUUUAACUACGUGUAAAAGAGCGCGCGCGCAAAAUCGAUCGAAGGCGCAAUUAUUAAACCUGCUUUUGUGACGUUAGCUUUUCGUCCUUUGAAAAGAAUGCGUUGGAUUUCACUCUCGUGUUAAUCCGAAGCGAAAAUGAAACGGAAAACUAUAUUUUUAUUGCAUGGUUUGUGUACUCCUUCUGUUGAACAAAAGGUAAGGACGGAAUUCAUCUUCCUCUAAAUUCCGCCUCGUUUAUUUUAGUAUAGGAAUGCUGUUUUUGCAUUUUAAAAGCGCUUGCCUUUCGGCGAGCGUGCCUUGGUGUCUAAGAGCUGACGCGUAAUUUCUUAAGAUUUGAUACAGUGAUUGCUUGCACUGCCGUCCUUGAAAUAGCAUCACUUUUUAGUAGUAGCAAAUCUGGUACAUAGCUCGAUGUGCAAUAAUUCAACAGACGACGCUGGCAAAAAACAGCGCAUUGGGUCAUAAAACCUUACAGGCCUUUUAACCGGGCAAUUAAUGAUCUCAAGAUUGUGAACCAAAUGCCCAACUGCAUAAACCCUAGUUCUGAAUUUAAUCUUUUAAAACUUAAAACGGAAAAAAUAAAAAUAAAAUAGAAAACCAUAUUUAUUUGUUUGUUUCACACUAUCGCACUGCCAGGUUACGUGUUCAUCCUUUGCGAGCCCGUUCUCUACCCCAGUGCCUACUCUUCAGGCGGUUAUGGGAACCAGGGCUCUGGCUCGCGACUGAACGCCAGGUGCGGUGCGCGCGAUCAAAACCGAGCAUGACGUCAAAAACAGAACGUGUUUACGUUUAUGACGUUAGCCUUUUAUUCUUCGACAAGAAUUUAUUGGAUUUUCCUUUCAAUCUAAUCCAAAGCGAAAAUGAAGUUGAAAACGAUAUUCAUAUUGGCUUUUCCAGCCCUACUCAUUCUACAGCAAAGUUUGUAACGGUAAGGAGUCAUUCGAUCUUUAAAAGUACUGGCAAAUGGUAGGAUGUGCAUUUGUUUAGAGAGCGUCGCUGUGGGCACAUAAUUGCCUGCGGUCGAUCAACCGGACAGGUCUUUUGACCAGGCAUUUGAUGAUUUUCUCAUAAUUGUGAACCGAUUCCGUAACUGCUCAAGCCCUUGAAAGAUCACUAGUUUUCAAUUUGAUCUACUGAAAUUUAAACUGGAAAAUAACCAAGAAAGUAAAAAAACGAAAAGCCGUUAAUUUUUGUAUGUUUACACGCCACUCCGUUGCUACGUGACGUCCUCAUCCUUUGAGCGCUUAUUCUGGACCCCAGUGCUUACGCUUCUGGCGGUCACGUGCGGAAGAGCUCUGGGGUCGAGAUUGAGCGCGAGGUACGGUGCGCGCGCCGUCAAAACCAAGCAUGGCGUCAAAAAUAGAAUAACUAUUCGCCUAUGACGUUAGUUUUUCAUUCUACAACAAUUAAUUGGAUUUUGUGCAUUAACAGAACUACCAGAAGUGUUUCAACGGUACAUCCGUCAUCUUCAGUGUUACAUAUUUUGAAAUCGCCGCUGAAUUUAAAUUCGCCCGAUGUUACAAAGUUCAGUUUUAGUACCGCAAUAUUGCCAACGCAAUGUAACGACACGUUGUAAUAUCGCGCGCGAUUUAAAUUCAACGGCGCUUUUAGACUUGCCUACAAGCCGAGUUUCAAUAUUUCACAAGCGCAAGCGGCAGAUUUUUUUUUGUUUUCUGAGGCGAAAGGGAGCGAGAGAGCGCUUUGCGAUGGGGCCAACUACUGAAACUGGAAGAGACGUUCCUCGUUUGUGUGAUAUAUAAUCGGAGGUUCUUUAUGAAAUUGUCUUAGUCAAGGCUGGCUCUGUAUCAAUUGCCAAUAUCAAAUAAGAAUGUUUUUAAGACAGGAACUGAUAGUUGACACUGUUUAGUGAUUGCUUAUGAAUAGCAUUAUUUUAAAUUCACAAUAAACUUAUAUAAAACAUUUUUACAUUUGCGUUUACAGUAAGGUCCUGUAGCACUGAGUCGACUCUUAAUGACCAGUCUUGCAAACAAAAAGAAAGCCCAUCAUGCGCAGUUUUGUAGUUUUUGAAGCUUUAGUGCUAGUUCUGAACUCAGACACUCUCCUGUCCUUCACCAUCGUCCACAAUAACAUAUUAUUUUCUGUAAUUUUAAUUGCAGGGGAAUGUAUAAGAAAGGAUGCUUACGGAGAAAAUAUCCUGACCUUGGUUGGAAUUUUAAUUCAGUGACUAACCCCAGCGAGUAACUUAGCGGGGAAGAGGACCACCUGACGGGGAGGCACCGCCCGAAAGGGGUAUCUUUUUCAGGCCUCAUGUAUAUGAAAUGGUACGUAGGGAUUUAACUAGCUGAAGUAUUGAAAUUAAAGGCUAGGGAAAUAUAACGUUUGGGUCUGAGAAAGGGUCCAAAAGUGCUAACAGAUGAAUUUAAUGGCUUUACAAAAUCGAGGAAACGUUCUGAUUUCUGAUUGAUUCCUAUUUAAAAGACAGUGCAUUUACAGCAGUUAAAAGGGAUGCAAAAGUUGUAAACAAGGUAUGUGAAAGAGGCAUUUGUCAAUAGAAGACAUACGAAAGAAGUGCCUUUAUCCUGAAAAAUGGGAUAUAAAAGGGUAAGGGGUUGGACCUCGGGGCGGAGCCUCCCCGUAUAAACAUUUGUUGAGUAACCCUCCCCCCCUCCCCCCCGGGGAAGGGGCAGACAUCAAGGGACUCUGCUAGUCAUAAACCCAAACCAAAUCUGUCAUCUUACCGGCUGGCAGCCACACACUUUGAUGCCCAAUCUCCGUGGACCAUAACAGACACUCCCAAAUCCACACCUUUAAUGGAAGUUUCCCCUAGAGAAAACACUUGCGUGGUGAUCGAUGUUCCUGACUCAUAUAUAGUUUCUCAUGAAGGACAUACUGCUUGUACCAUUGUUGACCUAUCCUACGCGGUUGUUGAUAUAACCGACUUGAGCUCUCCGGACAACUCUUUCAUCUGCUCGUCCUUAUCUGAUACGUUUUCGUGGUUUUCUGGAACUCCACAAUCUUCAUCUUCAUCUUUGAUUUGAUGUUGGAGAUUGUAGAGUUCCAGAACCACGUGUCCUCACGAGUUCCGUGUCCUCACUCGAUAUGACCUCAGCAGAACCGGAAGCCUCAUCUGUAAUUCCAGAACCUGAAGCCCACUGCUCCUCAUCUCUUAAACCUUCUUCCGGUUCAAAGGUUGGGGAGACUACUUGGUAGUCAAGUAGUCUCCCAAACCUUCGAACCGGAAGUGAUUAUUGCAAUCCACCAUCUGAGCCUUCGAUUCCACUGCGGAAAGUCAGAGAUGGCGAAAUGUAUAAAGAGAGAUGAUUCUAGGAUUGUUGGAAUCAUCUAUUUUGAUACAUUUGACCACGCUCAAGCAGUCCUCGAGCUUCGAUUUAGCUGCUUCCAC